CGGUGGGAGAUUCUCCUUUAUAAGGCUUUCUUUAUUUUGAUCUCUAUCGGCUCAAUCGAUCUUACCAAGUAUAGCUUUUUUCUUUUGCCUUUGUCUUUUCCCUUAAUUAAUUGUCUCUUAUGGAGCUGUUCUCUUUUUUGUUGAUAAUUCCAAUUUUCUAUCUUCUCUUCAAAAUAUGGAAUUGGAUUAAUGACGUGAGGGACCAACAAUGUUACAUUUUGGAUUACCAAUGCUACAAGCCCAGUGAUGAUAGGAUGGUGGGAACUGAGUUCAGCGGGGAAGUGAUAAAGAGGAACAAGAAUCUCGGACUCAACGAGUACAAGUUCUUGCUGAAAGCCAUUGUCAGUUCAGGCAUCGGAGAACAAACCUACGCCCCAAGGAUCAUGUUUUCCGGGAGAGAAGAGAGCCCGAAACUGGAAGAUGGGAUCUUGGAAAUGGAAGAGUUUUUUCACGAUAGCAUCGAGAAGGUGUUAUCAAGGGCAGGCAUAUCCCCUCAAGAAAUCGAUCUCUUAGUCGUCAAUGUCUCCAUGUUAUCCACAGUUCCUUCUUUGUGUUCUCGGAUCAUAAACCACUACAAAAUGAGACCAGACAUCAAGUCUUUUAACUUAACUGGAAUGGGGUGUAGUGCUAGUCUGAUUUCUCUUGACAUUGUUCGCAAUGUCUUCAAGUCUUACAAGAACAAGUUCGCAUUGCUUGUGACUUCGGAAUCGUUGAGUCCGAAUUGGUAUGCCGGCAACGAUAGAUCGAUGAUUCUUUCCAAUUGUUUGUUUCGUUCGGGUGGCUGCGCGGUACUUUUGACAAACAAGAAGUCCUUGAAGCAUCGAGCAAUGUUCAAAUUGAAAUGCUUGGUGAGAACACAUCAUGGAGCCAAAGAUGAGUCGUAUGGUUGUUGUAUCCAAAGGGAAGAUGAUAAAGGAAAGAUGGGAUUUCACCUUAGCAAAAGCCUUCCCAAAGCCGCAACUCGUUCUUUCGUCGAUAAUUUGAGGGUCAUCACCCCAAAGAUCCUGCCUGUUAGGGAACUAGUCCGCUUCAUGGCAGUUUCACUCCUUAAAAAAUGGAACGUCGUCCGCCAUGGUUCUUCCCACAAGGGAGCUUCUCAAGGACCAAUCAAAGCUGGGGUGAACUUCAAGAGUGGGGUGGACCAUUUCUGCAUUCACACAGGAGGGAAAGCAGUGAUAGAUGGGAUCGGAAUAAGCCUUGAUUUGACCGAGUAUGAUUUGGAACCGGCUAGGAUGACACUGCAUCGAUUUGGCAACACAUCGGCAAGUAGCCUGUGGUAUGUUUUGGCAUACAUGGAAGCCAAAAAGAGGCUGAAGAAAGGGGAUAAGGUGUUGAUGAUAAGCUUUGGUGCUGGCUUUAAAUGCAACAGUUGUUUGUGGGAGGUUGUAAGGGAUUUAGGAGAUGGGAAUGUAUGGAAAGAUGAAAUUUACAUGUACCCACCAAAGACAUUGGUUAAUCCUUACAUGGAAAAGUUUGGCUGGAUUCAAGAUGAAGAUCCUAGCACCUUCAAUCCCGGAGAUUAAAAGUCUAGAAAGGUAAAAAUAAAAUAUCUAAAUGUAUACAGUUAAGUUCUUAAGAUUGUUAAAUCCCAAAGUGGAUUCAUAAACAAUAAGUUGGGCAGCUUUCGGUGAUGAGAAGUGUGCCCUUUUUUAUUAAUAAUUGGUAAUCCUUAAUUUAUUGUUGAAUUUCGAGGGAAAUUAAAAAGGAAUCAGGUUUACAGUUGAAGAGAUUUUCAAA